AUGUACAAGUACAACUUCGAACAAAACUCUCAACAUCGUAUAGAAAUCUUGGAGUUGAGUGAUGAGAAGUGCAAAUUCAGCUUUGAAGGCGAUUUGUCCAUUGCAAAUGCCAUCCGAAGAGUUAUGAUUGCAGAAGUCCCUGUCAUGGCAAUUCAUUUUGUUGAUAUUAUUGAAAACACAAGUCCCCUGUCAGAUGAAUUCCUUGCCUAAAGACUUGGUUUGAUACCUCUCGUUUCAUAUGCUGCUGACAGCAAAAUGUAUGAUUGGGAAGCUGAUGCAGAUUCCAUAGAUGAUCAAAAAACAAAAGUGGUCUUUACCUUAAGAUAAAAAAAUCUGAAUGAUGCUCCUUUGGAAAUCACUAGUCAACACCUUGAACCUGAAUUUGGAUAAGUGGGUGAAAUGGCAAUUAGACCUGUCAGAAUGUUUUCGCCAAUCAAUGGCAAGGAAGUGGGCAUCCCUAUUACAAGACUAGGAAAGAAUCAAUCUGUUCAUGUACGCUGUCAUGCACUCAAAGGUUUUGGCAAAAUGCAUGCUAAAUGGACUCCCAUCAACAUUGCAACAUUCAGACAUGAAGCGGAACUCAAUUUUGAUCAUUCCUAAACACAAUCCUUGUCCUUAUUUGAAAAACAGUCAAUCAGAGAUUCUUGUCCCAUGAAUGUCUUUGCUAUGGAUGCUAAUUAAGACCUUAUUGUCAAUGCCAUUGAAAAGUGUGUGUUCUGCGAAGAAUGUAUCCGAUGUGCUGAAUCCAUGAAGAAACCCAGAUUGAUUAAAAUGCAACAUAAAAAAAAUAAAUACAUUUUCACUGUUGAGAGUGCUGGCUAAUUAAAAGCUGCUGAUAUCGUUUAAAAAGCAUUGAUUGUUUUGAGGAAGAAAGUUGAUGAAAUAUCUUAAGAUCUGAGUUUUGCCUAAUAAUAAUAACAGAUUUGAAAAUUAAUUUUAUUAUUGUCUAGUAUAUAUAUUACAUAAAAUUUAAAUUA